UCAGGUGAUGGCAACCCCAAGGAGAGCAGCCCCUUCAUCAACAGCACUGACACAGAGAAGGGAAGGGAGUACGAUGGCAAGAACAUGGCCCUGUUUGAGGAGGAGAUGGACACCAGCCCCAUGGUGUCCUCCUUGCUCAGUGGCCUGGCCAACUAUACCAACCUGCCCCAGGGAAGUAGGGAGCAUGAAGAGGCAGAAAACAAUGAGGGUGGAAAAAAGAAGCCAGUGCAGGCCCCACGCAUGGGCACCUUCAUGGGCGUGUACCUCCCGUGCCUGCAGAACAUCUUCGGUGUCAUCCUCUUCCUGCGACUCACGUGGGUGGUGGGCAUUGCAGGCAUCAUGGAGGCCUUCUGCAUGGUCUUCAUCUGCUGCUCCUGUACAAUGCUCACGGCCAUCUCCAUGAGUGCAAUUGCAACCAAUGGUGUUGUACCUGCGGGCGGCUCCUACUACAUGAUUUCCAGGUCUCUGGGCCCGGAGUUUGGGGGCGCCGUGGGCCUUUGCUUCUACCUGGGCACUACCUUUGCUGGGGCCAUGUACAUCCUGGGCACCAUCGAAAUCCUGCUGGCUUACCUCUUCCCAGCUAUGGCCAUUUUUAAGGCAGAAGAUGCCAGUGGGGAGGCAGCAGCUAUGUUGAACAAUAUGCGUGUGUAUGGCACCUGUGUGCUCACUUGCAUGGCCACUGUGGUAUUUGUGGGCGUCAAGUAUGUCAACAAGUUUGCCCUUGUCUUCCUGGGUUGUGUCAUCCUCUCCAUCCUGGCCAUCUAUGCCGGGGUCAUCAAAUCUGCCUUCGACCCACCCAACUUCCCGAUCUGCCUCCUGGGGAACCGCACACUGUCUCGCCAUGGCUUUGAUGUCUGUGCCAAGCUGGCUUGGGAAGGAAAUGAGACGGUGACCACACGGCUCUGGGGCCUUUUCUGUUCCUCCCGUUUCCUCAACGCCACCUGUGAUGAAUACUUCACCCGAAACAAUGUCACGGAGAUCCAGGGCAUCCCUGGCGCUGCCAGUGGCCUCAUCAAAGAGAACCUCUGGAGCUCCUACUUGACCAAAGGGGUGAUUGUGGAGAGGCGUGGGAUGCCCUCGGUGGGCCUGGCAGAGGGCGCCCCUGUCGACAUGGACCAUCCUUAUGUCUUCAGCGAUAUGACCUCCUACUUCACCCUGCUGGUUGGCAUCUACUUCCCCUCAGUCACAGGGAUCAUGGCUGGUUCUAACCGCUCCGGGGACCUACGGGAUGCCCAGAAGUCAAUUCCCACUGGCACCAUUCUGGCCAUUGCCACCACUUCUGCUGUCUAUAUCAGCUCCGUUGUUCUGUUUGGGGCCUGCAUUGAGGGAGUCGUCCUGCGGGACAAGUUUGGCGAAGCUGUGAAUGGCAAUCUGGUGGUGGGCACACUGGCCUGGCCAUCCCCCUGGGUCAUUGUUAUCGGAUCCUUCUUCUCCACCUGUGGGGCUGGGCUGCAGAGCCUCACGGGGGCCCCACGCCUGCUGCAGGCCAUCUCCCGGGAUGGCAUAGUGCCCUUCCUGCAGGUCUUUGGCCAUGGCAAAGCAAAUGGAGAGCCAACGUGGGCCUUGCUCCUGACUGCCUGCAUCUGCGAGAUCGGCAUCCUCAUCGCAUCCCUCGACGAGGUUGCCCCCAUCCUCUCUAUGUUCUUCCUGAUGUGCUACAUGUUUGUGAACCUGGCCUGUGCAGUGCAGACGCUGCUGAGGACACCCAACUGGAGGCCACGCUUUCGAUAUUACCACUGGACACUCUCCUUCCUGGGCAUGAGCCUCUGCCUGGCCCUCAUGUUUAUCUGCUCCUGGUAUUACGCGCUGGUGGCCAUGCUCAUUGCUGGGCUCAUCUACAAGUAUAUCGAGUACCGUGGGGCUGAGAAGGAGUGGGGUGAUGGGAUCCGAGGCCUGUCCCUCAGCGCGGCACGCUACGCCCUCUUACGCCUGGAGGAAGGGCCCCCACAUACCAAGAACUGGAGGCCACAGCUGCUGGUGCUGGUGCGCGUGGACCAAGACCAGAACGUGGUACACCCACAGCUUCUCUCACUGACUUCCCAGCUCAAGGCGGGAAAGGGCCUGACCAUUGUGGGCUCCGUCCUGGAGGGCACCUUUCUGGACAACCAUCCCCAGGCCCAGCGGGCAGAGGAGGUGAGUGAGCUGAGGCCCUGGUGGGGAGGGGGGAGGGCAGGGCACUCAGGAAGACAGCCCUUGUCCCUUUACACUUGCUCUCCUUCCCACCCUUGGGAUCAAAGCGGGCUCAGGCUUUUCUGUCAUCUUCCUUAGAACAGGAAUCUAAGG